CGGAGAGAUGAGAGAACGCACACCGCAUGUCACCAUUGGAUACCGAGGCGAGACAGCAAGCGACGCAGGCAGAUCGGGGAGAGGGGAAGGGAGAGACGCGGGGACAAUUACAGGUGGAGACAAUUACAGGUGGAGACAAUUACAGGUGGAGACGGAGAGAGACAGGGAUGGAGAUGAGUGUGAGCCAGCUGCACUGUGUGUAGAGAGACACGUGGAGACGCACAGGCAGGCAAUGUAUUACACGCAGUGACAUGCGGAGACACAGGGAGCGUUAGCUGAGAGACGCAGGGCCGGGCACUGCUACGUGGAUACAGAGGCGUCGGAAGACGCGUGGAAGACAAUCGACGGCAGCAGGGGCCAUAGACACCGAGAGAGCCAGGACCCGUGGAGACAAAGAGCCGAGAGGCGUGGAGGCGGGCGACAGACGCAGCGGAGACACGCGGAGACAGCCAGCUGAAGACAGGCGUGUUGGGGGGGGGGGCACGCAGAGAUGAUGGGGGAGCACGCCGAAGGCUCACACGUGUGCUCCGCCUACGAGACGGCGACUCGCGACUCCGUGUCCGCGUUCCUGUGUCCACGCACGAGGGACCCCUCGGAGUGGACGUACUGCUGCGGAUUCUCGGACAAUAAGCACUGCUGCGAGACGCCGGACCAGUACUUCCCGUACCGGGGUGGGUACAUGUGGUCGCUCAGCGUGGGCGCCCUCGUGGGACUCGGCAUCGCCGGACUCAUCCUCAUCGCGUUCGUGCUCUGCGCCUUCGUGCUCUGCUACUUCUCCCUCUUCACCAAGCCUGCGCAACGCCUCCCCUCGGGGCUGCGCCUGCAGCCACUAGGAAAGGAUGAGCCGGACCGCCCAGCGCUCGGGGCCUACGCCGAUCUGUCGCCCGCACCGCACGCCCGGGGGAACGUGUCGUCGCCCACCACGCAGCACCAGACCUGCGAGACCCCCCUUACCUCCGAGUCGCGCCCCGAGGCGCUGAGAACCCUCCCAGGGUCGUCCGUCCACAGCCCCCCUGUCCAGGGGUCCCCUCUCCCAGGGCCGUCCCUCCAGAAUGCACCUGUACAGGGAUCCCCUCUCCCAGGGCCAUCCCUCAAGAGCCCCCAAAUUCAGGGGUCUCCACUCCCAGGGUCGUCCCUCCAAAACCCCUCUCUCAAGGGGUCUCCCCUCCCAGGGCCAUCACUUAACACCCCAAUGCAGGGGUCCCCCCUCCCACAGCCAUCCCUUCACAUUACACCCAUACAGGGGUCUCCCCUCCCACAGCCAUCCCUUCACAUUACACCCAUACAGGGGUCCCCCCUCCCAAAGCCAUCCAUCGCCAGUACCCCCAUACAGGGGUCCCCCCUCCCAAAGCCAUCCAUCGCCAGUACCCCCAUGCAGGGGUCCCCCCUUUCAAAACCGUCCCUCUUGAGUCACCCUAUCAAAGGUUCCCCACUUCUAGGGUCGUCCCUCCAGAGACCCCCAGUCCACGGGUCCCCCUUGCUGGGCCCAAAUCACAGUGAACCCUGACACGACAAGCAUUUGAAACUCGGCCGAGCUGGGACCAGACCUGAGCAAGACGGCAGUGGGCCCGAGUAGCAUCUCCAUGACCCCUGUGACCUCAUCCUCUCUGCCCAUACUGCCCCUUCCCUCCAUCUCCACAUGUCUACACCUCCCACCAUCUCUUUGAUCUCCACCACAGUGCUUCAGAUAAGGGGUUGUGUAUCUCUUUUUUUUAAAUAACACAGUUGUUGAGCACAGGCCCAUAGGCCCCAACACGUCAAGCAGUCAGCAACGAACAUCAUCAAAAUUGUAAAGUUGAAUAAUUUGCCCUUCAAUUUCGACAUGUGUGAUAAAUAAUGCAGAAGAUAAGUAACAACAUACAUAAUUAGAGAAUACCCCCCCCCCCCCCCCAUUCACAUAUCUGGCCACCUAAAAAUAUAAAUUAUUUUUUACACAUCAGCCACAUGGCAUUCUGGGAGCAUUGGUUCAACACAAGCAAACUCUUGGAUGGGAUUUGAUACAGUGUCUCAUCAGAAGAGCCUGGCUUGCUUGAAUGAAUGCUGGUGAACCUGAAGCCAUCAGUAAUUCUAAUGCGCAUUGUACAAUAUUAACACUCCAUAUCGUUUAGGCAUUAGUAACUACAGCCUUAACCGCAAUGUUUUUGAUAAAGGACUGCACAAGAACCCCGACACUUUUAUAUGAAACAUUGCUAUUACAAACUCAAUGUUUCUCAAUGAGGAUCUUUCAAAAAGCUAAAUUCCAAAAGACUGAACGCGACACGGUGUAGUUUAGCGGUACCCAUUACUGCUUUGACACCUGCGUUGAAAACCCAUCUCUUUAAAGAGGCCUUCCCUAAAGAGGUUCUGUUUUUGUUUCCUGUUUUCCAUGCAUUGCGUAUUGGAAUCCUAGGAUGGAAUGCGCAUUAUGAAUUAGAAUGAUUAUUACUGAACACCCCUGCACAGGCCCCGAUGAUCAUGUGACUGCUCCUUCACUUGCAUCGGUUCUUUUUUUUGCCACCAAUCGAAUUCCAGCUGUGCGGCAACAUUUUCUCAGCCUAUUGCACUUAAAUGUCGUCAUUUGUAUUUGUGAUCCGUAAAACUCCCAGUACCCGGGUUAUCUGGAGCACUGCCAUCCUAUCCUCCCUACGCCCCCACCCCCGCCCUACCCGGAAACCGUCACGUUGCACCCCUAAAUCGUGAACACUCGCAGUGAAAAUACGGCCAGACCCCACGAGCCAUAGGUUUGGCUAGGGUUAAGGUACUGGGAUGGUUGGGGCUACUUGAGUAGCUUUUUUGGGGUACAGCUCGUGCUUGGCCGGCUAAAGUGUAUCGAAGUAACAAUACAGUAAUAGUAAUGCCAGUCAUUUUCCCAGGAAAGUCUCAGUGAGUCUCAAAACUUUUGAGAUGCAGGGUCUUUGCCUUGGGAUGUUUGGCCAUUUCUGAGUCGCUUAAUAUGGGGGGAGAAUACGGGAGGAACAGACGGAGUGCUCACCACUGCCAUCUCCUGGACGCCUUAGGGGUAGUAUUAAUGUGAGUGCCAGAGGUUUUUUUUUUGGGGGGGGGGGGGUAGAGCUCGUGUUUGGUUAGCUCGUGUUGUUCGAAGCAGGGCUAGUGAUUAGCACGGUUGGUUACGUAUGGUGCUAAAGAAGUGCAACAUGCAUACACGGUUGAAUAGUGUGCUUAAGGCGAGGGUCAGUGGCAGGGAUCGGGUCUGGUUGUCUGGUUGGUUUGAGGCAGAGCUAGCGUUUGGUUGGCUCCUAGAUAGGGAUCGUAGGGCUCGUGUUAUGGCAGUAGUUGGAGCGUGUGGUUAGGAUUCUUGUUGGUGGUCGGCUCGUAUUCUCAGUGGUUGACUAGAUUUGGUUUGUUUUGGCUAUCCGGCCAAAUGCUCAGAGUGGACUUUUCGCGUUGUCUUUGCUCGCUUUUGGCUUUUGCAGCAUUUCUCUGCUGGGCAGGAAUCAAGGCAAGGUCAGGAGUGCAGUGGUUGAGAAUAGUUGCUUUAAAAAAAUAUUUUAAAAAUCAGAAGAUGUAUUUAUACUGGAGGAAUCCGAUGAGCUAUAAAGCUCUUUUCACAGAUGUCUAGUAGGGGCGGUUAAGAACGUCACAACAGUCUACUGAACCUGCAGGUUGGAUUAUGUAUAUUUGGUAAAAAAUAUAUAUUUAUAAAAAACAUUGGACGUAGCUGGAAUAUUAAGAUGGCUGGGUGGUUGAGAAAGUAGAACAAUUUGGCAAACAUCCCCAGUAGGAUCCUUCUGAAAGACUCUGCGAGGUUAUGUUGUUGGGUUAACAUUCCACAGAAUAUGACACUUAAGCAUAAGUAUGACUCGAGAUUAUUUCCGAACGAACAUAAUCACACUUCAGUCAGUGACCCAAGUAAUAUUUCAGUCUAUGACAUAAUUAGCAAACCCACUUUGGCAGCCAAUAACAUGCUCCAUACAAAAAAUGAUGUGACCUCAUGGCACCCAAUUCCAGAGCUGUCACCCAAAUCUGUGACUUUUAUUUUAACCAAUCACGAGAGAUAUAUUCACGUGUGACGUCUAGUACACGUGUUGCAGGCAAAGGCAAUUUAUUGCCAAUAUAUUUGGUAUGGCAAUGUCCCAAUUCUAGUACGAGGGUCACCUUUAAAUGACUCGUAUUGUGUUGUCUUAUAUUUCACAACAUGUGGUUCACCCACGAACUUUGGUCUAUGGGAAUAUUGAAACUUCCUGCCACCUCCCUGUGAGUUUUGUUGCUCACAAAGCCAGAUUUUGGCAUCCUUAGUCCGGCUAAGGGGUCCAGUGUUCAUCAGUGCCUGAAGUUCACAGAGCCAGACUAAGGCACCUGAGGAUUAGGAUUUAGUGUUAAUGCCUAAGGCUCAUAGAGCCAGAUGACCUGACCAUGAGUAUUCUUAAGAGUUCAAUGUUAACAUCUGAAGCUCAGAGAGUCAAAGGCACCUUUAGGAUUCUUAAAAGGCAGUGUUAAUUUCCUAGAUUUAGAGAAGCAUAGGCAUCCUUAGGAUAUAUACCAUCCAGUGUAAAUGUGAGGCACGAAGAGCCAGACUUAGGUACCCAUUGUAUCCCUAGGGUUCAGUGUUACUGUUUAAAACUUCAGGGCCAAACUAUAGGGCUUUUAUGGUUAAAUGUCAACUCUUGAGGCUUACAGAGCCCGAUUAAAGUAUUCUUAGAUUUUAAUAUUCAUGCCUAAGGCGAACAGAGCCAGACUAAGGUAACAUUUUAUUCCAAUGUUAACUGUUAACUUGAGAAGCUCAGAAGAAGACUAAAGUAUUGUCAGUGUUCAGCGACAAUACCCGGCGAAAGCUUCCAUUAGCCACCCUUAUUGGAGCUCUCAAGUUUAUUUCCAGACAUCAGAUUCCAGUUGAUUUGUCUGUCCCCCCCCCACCGUCCACCCCCCAUAAAAAGAAACCGAGUCUAAAAGCUUGAGUCUGGCAGUGCUAAUGAACAAACCUGGUUCAGACGUUUUCCAAAUCUCUGAACGCAGGCUACUUCAUAAUUCUACCAAACAAAUGUUGCCAGACGAAACAGUUUGUGCCCACAGAUGCAAAGGUUCGAUUUUGCUUUUCAGGGAAAUUUAGAGGCAAAAAAUAUACAGAGGCUUUUAUCGAGGUGUUUUUCACUUUCUAACAAUUCCCUCAGAAUAAUGUAACAGUUCCCCCAGACGAGCAGUUUCUCGCAACCUGGGCUUGGGCAGGACACAUCGCUUGAAGGGGUGAUAGCCGGUGGUCGUGAAGAGUGACAGAGUGACAGCCUAGAGGAGGAAAUGCCCAAGAGCGCGCCCACAGACGAGAUAGAGCAAUGAGAUCGCCUCGUGUGCAGAUGCUGGAUUCAGCGGUGGCCAACUGGCGUCUCCCGAGCCGCAUGCGGCUCUCUAUUCCACUACACGCGGCUCUCUAUUCCACUACACGCGACUCUCUAUUCCACUACACGCGGCUCUCUAUUCCACUACACGCGGCUCUCUAUUCGACUACACGCGUUUCUCUAUUCCACUACAUGUGGCUCUAUUCCACUACACGCGGCUCUCUAUUCCACUACACGCGGCUCUCUAUUCCACUACACGCGGCUCUCUAUUCCACUACACGCGGCUCUCUAUUCCACUACACGCGGCUCUCUAUUCCACUACACGCGGCUCUCUAUUCCACUACACGCGGCUCUAUUCCACUACACGCGGCUCUCUAUUCCACUACAUGUGGCUCUCUAUUCCACUACAUGUGGCUCUCUAUUCCACUACACGCGGCUCUUUAUUCCACUACACGCGGCUCUCUAUUCCACUACACGCGGCUCUCUAUUCCACUACACGCGGCUCUAUUCCACUACACGCGGCUCUCUAUUCCACUACAUGUGGCUCUCUAUUCCACUACAUGCGGCUCUCUAUUCCACUACAUGCGGCUCUCUAUUCCACUACACGCGGCUCUCUAUUCCACUACACGCGGCUCUCUAUUCCACUACAUGUGGCUCUCUAUUCCACUACACGCGGCUCUCUAUUCCACUACACGCGGCUCUUUACUCCACUACACGCGGCUCUCUAUUCCACUACACGCGGCUCUCUAUUCCACUACACGCGUCUCUAUUCCACUACACGCGACUCUCUAUUCCACUACAUGCGGCUCUCUAUUCCACUACAUGUGGCUCUCUAUUCCACUACACGCGACUCUCUAUUCCACUACACGCGGCUCUCUAUUCCACUACACGCGGCUCUCUAUUCCACUACACGCGGCUCUCUAUUCCACUACACGCGACUCUCUAUUCCACUACAUGUGGCUCUCUAUUCCACUACAUGUGGCUCUCUAUUCCACUACACGCGGCUCUCUAUUCCACUACACGCGGCUCUCUAUUCCACUACAUGUGGCUCUCUAUUCCACUACAUGUGGCUCUCUAUUCCACUACACGCGUCUCUUUAUUACACUACACGCGACUCUCUAUUCCACUACAUGCGGCUCUCUAUUCCACUACACGCGACUCUCUAUUCCACUACACGCGGCUCUCUAUUCUACUACACGCGGCUCUCUAUUCCACUACACGCGGCUCUCUAUUCCACUACAUGUGGCUCUAU